AUGUCAGACUCAGGACACACGUCGCCUGCACCAGUCGACCACGCUGAGGGAUGGCAAAGAAAGACCCUCCCAUUGGAGCUUGUAGAACAAAUCUUCGACCUCUUCUUUCUCGAAGCGAAAACAUUUGAAGACAUCCGGCCUUUUUCGAUGGCAAGUACCCAAUUCCGAACGAUAGUUCUCCGCAGAUACAUGUCGACGCUGCGCAUAUGCUCCAAGAAGCAGUUGAUUUCGCACACCCUGAUGCACUACUCCGUCACAUUCCGUAGUUCUCCACACGUCUAUGCCGGUUUCGACUGGGUAAAGCAUCUGUUCGUUGUCCCGGAAGCUCUUACGACCUCGAGAUGGAAACCAGAUCUGUUCUGGGAUUUGCGUUCUCUGCAUAUAUCGCUAGCGGAUAGUGGGAGUCGGACCCAGGGAAGCAUCUUGAAUCGCAUCUCGGGAAAACCCACGUUCGCUACGGUGGCAUCUCGUCUAUCUUCCCUGACAAUCACCAGUCUCUGGCGGAUCGGCGUAGACUUGUUGAGCAUGGUCGCGAGGAUCUUUCCAGCAUUGACGGAUCUUCACCUCAGCUCUUCCGAGAAUCUGGAUACGUCGUGUUGCUGGCUUUGCUAUGAAGAAAGCUCAGCGGCCGUGACCCAUUCGCCAAUUCCGGGCCACUAUGCGAACGUGAGAACGCUCUCCACCGCGUUCGCGGAGGCCCUCUCGCCGCUCACCAAGUUGGUUCACCUGCAUCUCGGCAUAUUUCUUUCAGACGAAGACAUGGUGGACGCGCAUAUCGACCACUACGAUAGUCCUAGGGAGUACGAACACGCCCUCCUCGUAUAUGCUGCGGAAAAAAGGCCAGACGAGCCAGUGACGACACUCAAGUCAAGUCCGAGAGAUCGAAUGGGGAGUCUGAAGAGAGUCUCUCAUACAGAACAGACGGGGAGGAUCUGGAGGACGAGUUGGACCACCGGCGUGACGGAGAGAUCCUUCCUUUUCCACAUGGUCCAGGCGAUUGCCCGAUCUGUGCCGUUCUCGUGUCAGCUUUCGCAGGUGCGAGCCCGCGAACUGGAAGCAAGUCUGGCAAUAGCAAGGAAGCUGAGAUCAGUUAAGACGAUAAGCUGGAGCUCGUUCUUUCCUAGCAAACUGUGCACCACAGCACACGCAAGCGCUGGCGACGGGAAGACGACGACAACGUAUGUGCUUCGCGCCAACGGGAGGGUUAGAGUGAGGAGACGGCCUUGGGACUAG